AUGCGGGCCAAUGAAAUCAACAUAGAGAAUGGUCAAGACAAUCACACCGUGGAAGCUGUCGAAUCUUCUGUAGAAGGUCUCCCAACCACCGUACGCUGGUACAUCGACAGCCGUAAUUGGGAGGCCAAUGGCAUGAACCUGCCCUUUCUCGAAUUUCUUCGUCCAAAUGAGCAGACAGCUGUGACAAGGUAUUACCAUGCUUCCGACAAGCGCAUGUCCUUAGCCUCCCAUCUACUCAAAUAUCUGUAUAUCCAUCAUGCCUGUGGUGUACCAUGGAGAGAUAUUGUACUCAGCCGCACAGCAAUGCCCGAAAACCGACCAUAUUACGCCUCUCUCUCAGAGACCCGAGUGGAGUUCAAUGUUACACACCAAGCCGGAAUGACUGUUUUGGCAGGCACUAUUGAACCAGAUGUUGAGCAAAUCCAGAAAAAUAUUGUUGAAGGCGCCUUUCCUCCCCAGCCACGUCUGGGCAUUGACGUGACCUGCGUGAGGGAAAGCGGGCGCCGAACCGUGAAUACCAUGAAAGCGUACCAGGAGCAUGUAUCCAUAUUUGUUGAAGUCUUCUCGGAGCGUGAAAUUGAAACAAUGAAAAAUCCAGCUGCGGCACUUCGUCUAGCCCAGAGCCUCGGCUUUGCAACCGCGUUCACCGAUCCCAACGACGAGGAUAGCAUUAUUCGUUUCGGGAUGCGUCUCUUUUACUCAUACUGGGCACUCAAAGAAGCAUACUUGAAAAUGACUGGCGAUGCUCUUCUAGCGCCAUGGCUGCGUACCCUCGAAUUCUCGAACGUCAUUCCUCCGGAUCCUGUCGAGCCUUUACAUGCUCCAACUCCAUACGUCUUAUCUCAGGAUCGCAAGUAUAUUCCUCAAUCGCCGAAGAACUGGGGACCACCUUUUGCGGGUGUUCAAGUCAGCAAGGCUGGUCAAGUACUUGGUGAUGUUCGCCUUCAGCUCACUGCAUUCGAGUCGGAUUACAUUGUUGCGGCCGCUGGUCGCGGGCUACCUGUCGGUCCGUUCCCAAGUCUGACUUUCAAUGAGGGAGGUCAUCAUCUUCCUGCGGAGAUUAGCGUUCGUUCCGGAGACCAUGAGGAGAAAUGCCGUAUCCCUAUCAAUACCAAGAAGGUCGUUGGAGAUAUGGAUCCAUGGAACAUCCCGCUCCCGAUCAGGGAUCCAUGGCUUCCAAUGCAAGAGAUUGAUCUUAAUCUUGAUAUUCGGGCUUGUGCUGAGGGGACCUGUGUCCAUUCUGAGAAGAACAGAGGUGUUCUUUCAGGCGUUGAGAUUCGUGAUUCAGCUUAG